CUAAGCUCAAGCAUUUUCUGUUGUUUCAGGCAUGCAAAACCUAUAUUACUCUUACUACCCGGAGAUCUUUCUGUUUUUUCUUGUCAUUUUACUACUAAAACAUUUUCUUCGUCCCAGGAAACAUUUACCACCUAGUCCUUUGUGUCUCCCAAUAAUCGGUCAUCUUUACCUUAUAAAAAAUUCCCUACACCAGACAUUAACCUCCUUAUCAACUAAAUAUGGACCGGUUUUAUAUCUCUGGUUCGGUUGCCGAAAUUUACUUGUUGUAUCUUCCCCAUCUGCCGUGGAAGAAUGCUUUACUAAAAACGAUAUCAUAUUUGCGAACCGGCCACGUAGCAUGCUAGGAGACCGGUUUUCUUUUAACUAUACAGCUAUUUUCUGGGCCCCUUACGGCAAUCUCUGGAGAGUUCUCCGCCGCCAAACAGCGGUUGAGUUAUUCUCUUCUAAUAGUCUUCAAAAGUCUUCUACAAUUCGGAAUGAAGAACUUGGAAUCUUAAUUCGCUCUUUGUUUAAAGCCAGCUCGAAAAGUACACGUGGCAGCAUGAGAGUACUUAAUUUGAGCCAUUGGGCUUUUGCUUUUGCUUUUAACGUUAUGAUGAGAAUUGGUACUGGAAAAUGUUGUGUAAGUGAGGAAGAUAUAGGAAAAGAGAAGGGGGAAAAAACUAUUGAAGAGAUGAGAGGUUUUUUCUUUGCCAACUUAUUGGUUUUGAACGUGUGUGAUUUCUUACCAGUGUUGAAAUGGUUUGGGUACAAAGGGAUCGAGAAAAAGAUGGUAUUAACGAAUACGAAGAGAAAUGAAUUCUUGAGCAGCUUACUUGACGAAUUUCGACAGAAGAAAAGUAGUACUAGUAUUACUGUUUCAGAGUCCGUUAGUACUGCUAAUGUAACCAAGGAGAAUGAGAAGAAGACGCUGGUUGAAACUCUCUUGUCUCUGCAACAAUCUGAACCUGAAUUCUACACAGAUGAUCUUAUUAAAAGCCUUCUAGUGGUUUUGUUUGUUGCUGGAACAGAGACCACAUCAAUGACCAUUCAAUGGGCAAUGCGACUUCUUUUAGCUCACCCUCAGGCAUUUCAAAAACUAAGAUCUGAGAUUGAUAGCAAAGUUGGGAACAAGCGAUUGCUAAACGAAUCUGAUCUCGCCAAGCUUCCUUAUUUGCACUGUGUUAUAAACGAGACGCUGCGGUUGUACCCUCCAGUACCACUUCUAUUGCCUCACUACUCGUCAGAAAAUUGUACUAUUGGGGGAUAUCAAGUACCAAAACAUACGAUCCUAAUGGUCAACGCUUGGGCGAUCCAUAGGGACCCUAAGUUAUGGGAUGAGCCCGAAAAGUUUAAACCCGAGAGAUUUGAGGCUAUGGAAUUAGGAGAAAAAGAAGGGUUUAAUUAUAAGUUUAUACCAUUUGGAAUGGGGAGAAGAGCAUGUUCUGGAGCCAAUAUGGGUUUGCGCACUGUUUCAUUGGUGUUGGGUUCAUUGAUUCAGUGGUUUGACUGGAAAAAUGUUGAAGAGGAAAAUAACCUGGAUGCAUGCUAUAAUUCUAAGGUAAAUUUGAGUAAGGAUAAACCUUUGGAAGCUAUUUUUAUUCCGCGGCAGAACUGUAUUCAACUCCUCUCGUAGCUCUGACAUUAUUUAUAUAUAUCCAAAUGCGUGUGCUCCUGUAUGAUUAUGUAAUAUAAAGAUUUGCCUUUGUGUUCUAAUGGAAUGUACUAAAUAAGAUCCAAGUUGUAAACAUUUUGGAAAUGGAGAAUGUAAUAUAAUGCUUUUAGUAGUAAUUGUUUUGGUGAAAUGCAAACUUAGCUCUGUGCUUUCAUUUGCUUACAAAAUUGUUGCAUGUGGAACGAGUCUGGAA